UCUUCCCCUCCUCUCUCUAUUUCUCUCUGUCCUAUCCAACAAUAACAGCAAUAAUAACUACAACAAUAAAACAAGGGCAAUAAAAGGGAAUAAAUAAAUAUUUAAAAAAUGAGUAAAUCUUUAAAAAAAAACAAAUUUUAAAAAAGGUGGAAAGAGCUUUGUGAGCUAGACACUGCAGCUGCAAGAAUUACAGCCAAUCCUUGAUAUGAGUGAAUAUGAUCGUAUGGUUGCAGUGUGUGGGGCUUGGCUGAGAGUGGGUGUACCACAAGCACCUCCCUCCACUUCCCCUUCAGUGAGAAAGUGCUUGAAGGGCUGGACAGUCCUGGACUGUUCCUGGGCCCUUGGAAUACCACACAGCUGGAGGCUGAAAUCUCCCUCUGAAGUAGGCGCUGGCUGCAAGCCUCUGAUGCUUUCCACAGACGAAGUAAGGGCUGUUCUGUCAUCUGUGUCCCUGCCUGACUCCAGGAUGAACCGGAGGGGGUCUCAUCCUUAGAAAGCAAAGGCCAGCAAAGAGGAUUUAUGGGGGGAGGGUUGUCCUCAGCAUAUACAGUGGGGUAGAAGUUAGGCCUGGAAGUGGACGACAACAGCCAUUGGCUUCAAGGCAGAGAUCAAACAAGAUUUCAAGGAACUGGUGCCUGGGACAGUACAGAGGGAGGGACAAGUCCAGUGGAAGUCCCACAUAAGACUGGGAAUGAAGGCCUGGAUGAGAACACUAGGGUUGAGGGCCAGUCCUGGGUGACAUUCAGGCCACCUGGCGGUGGAGUGAGGCGCCAGUGCUAAUGGGAACACACCCAUCAUGUGGCUACCCUGAGGAGGAGGGGCUCUGGACAACUAAAGAAGCAAAGAAAAACUCCAUUCUUCCUUGAACCACAGCCCACCCCUGGCCUGGGGAGAAGCAGGAGACAGCAAGAGGUAUUGCAAUGUCCUGGCUGAGUGACCACAGCUCUAAGGAGGAGGUGGGUGGUGGGCUGAGAAAUAGAAGAGAGGAGGCAAGUCCAAGGGCUGGCACCACAGCUUGGCCCACCUGGGAGAGAGUGAAUGAGUGUAUGUGUGUGUCCUUUCAGGAAGACAUACUCAAACUGGCCUUUGUACAGCCAGAGAGAAGUUGAGGGGAGGGCAGCCCUGCGGGGACACAGGAGCCCUGCCGAUAGCAUCAUGAGCUGAGUAGAGGAGCCAGAGGGUGAGUAUGGCGGUGCAGGGUACCCAAUGUAUACUGCUGGGCUCUGUCAACCUCACCUCCCUAGCCACCCCCCACUUUGGGCUGGCUGUCAACCAGACGGGGCCAAGGUGCCUGGAGGUGACCAUUCCUGAUGGACUCUUCCUCUGCCUGGGGCUGGCCAGCCUGCUGGAGAAUAUGCUGGUGGUGGCCGCCGUGGCCAAGAACUGCAACCUGCACUCACCCAUGUACUUCUUCAUUGGCUGCCUGGCCGUGUCUGACCUGCUGGUGAGUGUAGGCACCCUGCUGGAGACUGCUGUCAUGCUGCUGCUGGAGGCCCAGGUGAUGGUUGUCCAUGCCACCCUGGUGCAACAGCUGGACAACGUCAUCGAUGCUUUUGUGUGCAGCGCCAUGGUGUCCAGCCUCUGCUUCCUGGGUGCCAUCGCUGUGGACCGAUACAUCUCCAUCUUCUACGCACUGCGCUACCACAGCAUCAUGACACUGUCGCGUGCCUGGAGAGCCAUCGCUGUCAUCUGGGUGGCCAGCAUCCUCUCUGGGGCCUUCUUCGUUGCCUUCUAUAGCCACUUGGCAGUCCUGCUGUGUCUUGUCAGCUUCUUUGUGGCCAUGCUGGUGCUCAUGGUGGUGCUGUAUAUCCACAUGCUGACCCGAGCCUGCCAGCAUGCCCGGCACAUCACCAAGCUGCACAAAGCCCGGCACCCUAUUCACCAGGGCAUCAGUCUCAAGGGUGCUGCCACCCUCACCAUCCUGCUGGGUGUCUUCUUCCUCUGCUGGGGUCCCUUCUUCCUGCACCUCUUGCUUAUCGUACUCUGUCCCCAGCACCCCACUUGUGGCUGUGUCUUCAAGAACUUCAAUCUCUUCCUGACCCUCAUCCUCUGCAACACUAUUGUGGACCCCCUCAUCUAUGCCUUCCGCAGCCAGGAGCUCAGGAAGACACUGCAGGAGGUCUUGCUCUGCUUCUGUGUCCAGCCUGGAGAAUAUGAGGCCAUGAUGGCUGCACAAACCAGCUUUCUGCACAGCUGCCCCUACCUCUAUUCGCCCCCCACCAAAUCCCGAGGAGGGGCGGGGGUGGGCGGCUGCGGGCCAGGCGGGCCGCGGUGCCGAUGCUGCUACCACAUCCCGCAGCCGGUGCCGCAUUCUCUGCAGCGGCUGGAUUGGCCACACGGUGACGUCAGCGGGCGGGGCCGGGCCUAUAAGAGCGGGCGGCGGGGGCGCCCUGCCCUCCGCAGCCCCCGGCCCGUCAGCGCGUCUGCAGCCGCCCGCCUCGCUCCGAGCAUGAGGGAGAUCGUGCACAUCCAGGCCGGCCAAUGCGGCAACCAGAUCGGGGCCAAGUUCUGGGAGGUCAUCAGUGAUGAGCAUGGAAUUGACCCAAGUGGCAACUAUGUGGGUGACUCGGACCUGCAGCUGGAGCGCAUCAGCGUGUACUACAACGAGGCCUCCUCUCACAAGUAUGUCCCCCGGGCCAUCCUGGUCGAUCUGGAGCCUGGAACCAUGGACAGUGUCCGGUCUGGGGCCUUUGGGCACCUCUUCAGGCCUGACAACUUCAUCUUCGGUCAGAGUGGAGCGGGCAACAACUGGGCCAAAGGUCACUACACCGAGGGAGCCGAGUUGGUAGACUCAGUUCUGGACGUGGUGCGGAAGGAGUGUGAGAAUUGCGACUGCCUGCAGGGCUUCCAGUUGACCCACUCUCUGGGUGGUGGCACGGGGUCUGGCAUGGGCACCCUGCUCAUCAGCAAGGUGCGUGAGGAAUACCCUGACCGCAUCAUGAACACCUUCAGCGUGGUACCCUCACCCAAGGUGUCAGACACGGUGGUAGAGCCCUACAACGCCACCCUGUCCAUCCACCAGCUGGUGGAGAAUACAGAUGAGACCUACUGCAUCGACAAUGAGGCCCUCUACGACAUCUGCUUCCGCACCCUCAAGCUGGCCACCCCCACCUAUGGCGACCUCAAUCACCUGGUGUCAGCCACCAUGAGUGGCGUCACCACCUCUCUGCGCUUCCCUGGCCAGCUCAAUGCUGACCUGCGCAAGCUGGCUGUGAACAUGGUGCCCUUCCCACGCCUGCACUUCUUCAUGCCUGGCUUUGCCCCACUCACAGCGCGAGGCAGCCAGCAGUACCGUGCUCUGACCGUGCCUGAGCUCACCCAGCAGAUGUUUGAUGCCAAGAACAUGAUGGCCGCCUGCGACCCCCGCCAUGGCCGCUACCUGACCGUGGCCACUGUCUUCCGGGGCCGCAUGUCCAUGAAGGAGGUGGAUGAGCAGAUGCUGGCCAUCCAGAGCAAGAACAGCAGCUACUUCGUGGAGUGGAUUCCCAACAAUGUCAAGGUGGCUGUGUGUGACAUCCCGCCCCGGGGGCUGAAGAUGUCCUCCACCUUCAUCGGCAAUAGCACGGCAAUCCAAGAGCUGUUCAAACGCAUCUCAGAGCAGUUCACAGCCAUGUUCCGGCGCAAGGCCUUCUUGCACUGGUACACGGGCGAGGGCAUGGACGAGAUGGAGUUCACUGAGGCCGAGAGCAACAUGAAUGACCUGGUGUCUGAAUACCAGCAGUACCAGGACGCCACAGCUGAGGAGGAGGGUGAGAUGUAUGAAGAUGACGAUGAGGAGUCUGAGGCUCAGGGUCCCAAGUGAGGCAGCUGCUGGUGUGGCCCAGCUACCCAGCUGCCCAGCUGCCCAGGGGCCACCCCUGGGGCCUAGUGUCUGUCCUUCAGUAUUUGCAGCAUUCCUACCCCAGGGGCCAUCUUGGUGGUCUUCCUGACCAGGUCGUCUCCAUUUUGUGUUGUUCGUUUGUCUCUGUUUUGAUGUGGGCUGCAGUCCUGAUGUUUUCUUUCUUCUUCUUCUUCUUCUUUUUUUUUUUUUUACUAGUUUUUGUUUAUAUUUGGGGGGACACUUAAUAAAAAUUAUUGCUGUCAGAUAA